UUUUUAUUCUCCGUGCACGACGAUUUCAACUGGACUAAUCAUAUAGCCAGAGAUUGGCUGUCCGGUAAGACAUAGGGAUCUUAAAGACAGUGUACCAUUACAGGUAACUAGCGCAGACACAUGAAACUCUUCGAAAGAAGCGCUCGCACGUAAAUAGCAGAACUGAUGGCAACGUGCUAAGUUCCGCAAGUCUGCAACGUCAAUCAAAGUCGGUGUGACCAGCCCCCUUUUCCUCCAGGCCAGCAGGUUGUAAAGUCAUUAAUGCAUUAAGGUUUCUUCUCAUUAGACCUCUUAACGCGAGUCUUUUUAAGCUGUGGUUGAGGCUGGGGGUGAGGCGUUCGUGUUCUUAAAUGAACCAUGUACUGUCUUUGGAGCGCAAGAUUCGCUGCUGUUCUUAUUCACGGCGCAGCCUUGCUUCUCUGGAUUUUUGCGAAAGCAUCCAGCGCCAACAUUAAGGACAGUAGUGAGGCAAGGGCUGAACCCCAGCACCAAUCUGAAGAGGUGGCACAGUGGUGGGGGGAGUGGAGCAGCUGGUCCACCUGCUCUCGAACCUGUGGAGGAGGGGUGCGGUCACAGGAACGUCACUGUCUACAGCAGAGGCUUAUUGCAGCGCAAAAUGUCAACACCUCCAUCUGUGUUGGAUCCUCAAAGCAGUACCAGCUGUGUCCAAACCAGCCAUGCCCAAGCAACCGGAUUAGCUUUAAACAGCAGCAGUGUUCCUCCUUCAAUGCCAAAGCCUUUGGCCGCCGGCACUAUGUGUGGGUCCCCCUCUAUCCGGAUGACUAUACCAGCAUUUCCAAUAAACCAUGCGACCUCCAGUGCACCACCACGACGGGGGAGAGGCAGCUCCUGGUGCCAGCCCAGGAUGGUACCUACUGUCGGGAUGGAAUCUACCAGGGUGUCUGCAUUGAGGGCCAUUGCCAGAUGGUGGGGUGUGAUGGGAAGCUGUACUCCAGUAAAACGGUAGAUAAGUGCGGGGUGUGUGGCGGAAAUGGCGGCUCCUGCUACCGCAUCUCCGGAUCUUACCGAAAAGGAAUCACACAGUUAGGUUAUCUGUUGAUAACCAACAUUCCGGUUGGAGCUACUGACAUCCAGAUUAUCGAGCGCCGGAAGACUGAAAAUAUCCUGGCUCUUUCGGAUGAAGCUGGGCACUUCUUUUUCAAUGGCAACACUGUCAUUGACAACCCUAGGAACUUUCGUGUGGCAGGAACAGUAUUCAAGUACAGGAGACCGGCCAACCUCAUCUCUGAUGGCUUUGAAUACAUCAUUGCACAGGGACCCACCAACCAAGGCCUGAACGUCAUGUACUACAACUUGAAUGGGAAGAUGCCCCACAUCACGUAUGAAUACACAGUGCCCCGGUCUCCCGAGCCCAGAACAGCGCCCCCUCUGGCAGCCGCACCUGAGGCGAUACGGAAGAGCGUCCUGGUGGCCAUGCCACCUCCGGGCAUGGAUCAUGGCUUGAAUGACACUUCGAUGGAGCUGUUCUACAAGGACAAUGAGAUCGAUGUGGGUAAUGGGCGGGGACCUGGGAACCACACGACCCCUGUGGUGACCGACAAAGUCUCUCCGGCUGUGGACCUGGACUCUGCCGAGCACCUGGUGUGGGAGCUGCAAGCCCCGCUCAACCUCUCCAACCUGCCGGGGGUUCUGCUUUUCCGGCCCGUCAACAAAGUCUUCCGGAACAAAGUGGAGCACAAACUGGAUGACCACGACGGACUGACCGAAUUUGGAGCAGAUUCAAACCUGAUUGAUGGGCAUGGCACGGCCAACCAGAACAGCUCCCACAAUACAAGACCCCUCCUCCGGAGUGUGUUUCUGGGACUCCUCUCCAAACAGGCAGGUCUGAGGAGGGCCUGUAAGAACAGCUCCACCCUCGAUGUGCUCUGUCCUGACCAAGAGAGCCCUGAGGUCCGCCGAAACUCCAGCACCUCAUUGGACAACAGCGUCUCCCUGGAGGUGUACCCAGGAAGCCUGACCUCUGACCUGCAGCUAGGCCCAGAGGAUGAUGCCCCUUAUGGGGUUCUAACAGAGAUAGAGCACACUUCCAACAGCUCCUCCCAUCAACAAACAAACCUAUUCCACCUGCAUCAGGUAGAGCCUGUACAGGCCCCCAAUACAGAGAGCAACGAAUUUGAGGUGGGAUCGCUCGAUCACGACAUCAGCCUGGCUGACAUGUACAGAUGGAAGGUAUCUGCGUUUGCACCCUGCAGUUCAACAUGUACCACAGGAAUAAGCACAUCCUACGCCAUGUGCAUUCGCUACGAUGGGUCUGAGGUGGAUGAGAGUUAUUGCGAUGCCUUGACAAGGCCGGAACCCACCCAUGAGUUUUGUACCGGGAAAGAGUGUCCACCAAGGUGGGAGACCAGCAGGUGGAGUGAGUGCUCUCGGACGUGCGGUGAAGGAUACCAGUUCCGCACCGUGCGCUGUUGGAAAAUGAUGUCCCCCGGGUUUGAUAGCUCUGUGUACGACGAGCUCUGCCAGGCCAGCGAGUUGCAGAAACCAAUGGCCCGCAAGGCCUGCAAGAACAAGGGCUGCGGCCCGCAGUGGGAGAUCUCCGAUUGGUCAGAGUGCUCCGCCAGGUGUGGAGAACGGGGCCUGCAGAGUCGGGAGGUGCGCUGCUCCAUGGAAACGCGUCUGUGCAAUGACUCGGUUCGCCCGCUGAGCGAGAAGGAGUGUGAGGGACCGCCUUGUGACCGAAGGUGGACCGUGUCGGACUGGGGUCCAUGCUCAGGACCCUGUGGUACGGGCCGGAUGACGCGCUACGUGGUGUGCAAGAACAGUGACGGGAACGUCAUUUCAGAUGGGCAGUGCGACCUGGACCUGAAGCCGCUGGCCGUGUACCCCUGCGGGGACAAGAACUGCCCCGCCCACUGGGUGGAGCAAGAGUGGGAGCAGUGCAACGCUACCUGUGGGCGGGGGGUGAAGGUGCGGCAGGUGGUGUGCGCGGGGCUGGAGAACGGGGUGUUUAAGGAGUUCCCGGAGCAGAGCUGCGAUGCGGCCCAAAGGCCAGAGGAGAGUGCACCCUGCUUUGAGCGGCCAUGCUCAAAAUGGUUCACCACUUCCUGGUCCCAGUGCAGUAAGACGUGCGGCUCAGGGGUCAAAGUUCGGGAGGUGAAGUGUUACCAGGGGGCGGAGCUGGGACACAGCUGCGAUUCGGCGCUCAAGCCUGAGGCCCGGCAAACGUGCGAGGUGCAGCCCUGCCCCACUGAGUCCCCAGUGGAUGACCUGUGCCAGGACAAGGCCACUGCCAACUGCGCUUUGGUUCUGAAAGUGAAGCUCUGCACCCACUGGUACUACAGGAAGGCCUGCUGUCAGUCCUGCAAGAACAAGGCCCAGUAGCAACCGUCAACGGCAACCUCUCACUCUAGAGAGGGCCAAGACGGUCCACAGAACAGGACGCACUGUAACCAGAACUCAUUUUCAUAGAUUGUAGAGUGUUUGUAGGGCCAGAAACUGGCUCUCGCUAAAAGGUGCUAUACUGGGUAUUGAUCCUCAGGUAGGUUUGGCCUGGCCUGGCCUGGCCUGGCCCAACCUGGUUUGCCCUGGGUCGGUCUGAGGGGUAGCUACUCAGACUCCGCAGCAGGAGAGCCCAUGGGUCUUGGUCAGGGUCACCAGUACAGAUGAUGAUCGUUCAGCUCAUUUUGGAACCUCCCUCCCAACACUGUAGACGUCCCUUUUCUUUAUCGUUGUGUGUACCUGUACAGACUUUUUUGUAUGUUUUUUAUUGAGUGCUACAGAGAAGCAGAAAUAAAGCCAAACCUUUUGAAGGUUUGGCUGCUUAUUUGUGCUUCUCACUCCUCUCUUGCCAAACACACAUACACAUGUGCACACACACACACACACACACACACACACACACACACACACAUGCACAUGCACAUAUGCACACACACACACACAAACGCAUGCACAUAUGCUCACACACACGCACACGUACAACACACAUAACACACAGCAUAAUACAUAUAUUUUGUAAUUAGUGGCCAAUAAUCUUGCCUUUAUUUUACUAAAUAGUCAGUGACAAAUUGUAAUGAAUGUUGAGUACACUGGUAAUCCUCCACACACUUUUUCUAAAAUAUUGAGUUUACUUACCAUGGUGUUUUAUCUUGAUAUUUAAUCAAAUGUUUACAAAAGCAUUCCCAUUAACAAAGAGCAAACGUUUCAUUAAAAAAAUGGACAACAUGGAUUUCAUUUAUUAUGUUUGUAAAUCUAUUGUGAAUGUCUUUAAAAAUAUAAAUUUGAAAUAAAAUUAACUCAAUAUAAAUAUGAAUGCAUGAAUAUAAUAACAGUAAGCAAAUAAAUGAGCUAUGGAAUUGGAGUGAGCGGUAGGGAAGCCUUGUCUGCAGUUGGCGUAGAGGGACUGCAUUUUUGUACUGUACACAUGGUACUGUACUGUUUUUUUUUUUUUUUUUGCUGUUGUAAAGGCUGGAGUUGCAGUACAUAAUGUUUUGCCAUUAUACAUCACACUGCCACUCCUAACCCCAACCCAUAAUGUCCUCAAAUUUUGAACAAAUAUUGCUCUGUACGGGGGCAGGGGCAGGAGAAGGAAAUUUUGAAAAAUGACAUUAAAAUGUUGGAAAAUUUAUACUGUUAAACAGCUUGUUUAUAGUUUCAUUUAAAAACUGAGUUUGGGUUUCUACAAUGUCCAUGCUGUUGCUCAGCUUGCUUGCUUCAAAUAAUAAUCUGGCAAACAUGGCCUGCCAACACAUUACACACUUGCUAACACGUGAAUCACACCUGCAAAAUAAUUUGUCGUGUGAGAGCUUUUCUACCCUUUGCAGUCUUGAAUUUUGAACUAAGCCUUCUUGGGUAGUUUGAUCAUCAUCACAUGCUAACAAAUGCUCAAUAAACUAGAGUCCCAGUUGAGUAAAGGUAACAUUUACUUAUGUUCUUAUUCAGUUUUAAGGUCUACAUGCAGCGAGUAGAGACCUAAAUAAAAAAUAAUAUCUGAAUCAGUGUU